CUCAGGAAACCAUCCAAAUAAUUAAUCUCAAUAAACAUACCUCAUUUGCUCUAACAUUAUUCCUAGCCUACAUGUUAACUCCACGUACACAUGUCAUAACUCACUCCUCUCCUGACACGUCAUUCCUCAUCUCACCUCUUCUGCAUUUUUUUUACUUCACCUUCGAGGUCUGUCAAUUCAUGUACUGUAAGUGUUUUAUGACUAUGUUCUUCUGUGUUUCUGCCUUCAAGCUCUUUUGAAAUUAUCUGUGGAGGACCCAUUAAAAGAAAAAUAGCAGCAACUUGGUUGUGCUUGUGCGGUUAUCUUUCUUUCCGUUUUGGCUGUCGGUCUGUAUGUGUGUUCAUAGUAUAUCAUUACAAUGAACGAGGAUGGGGAAACACGUAAUGAAACAGAGUUGUACAUGUUUAUUAAAGCGUCUGCCCACGCACAGAUAAACUGAUGUGAGAGGGGCUGAGGUGAACUUUGGUUUAACUUGGCAAAGAAGUUGCCCUGCACGUGGCGCAUAUCGUAGUCUAGGCAACGGAAAAGCAUGAGUGCCUUCAUCAUGUUCUAGUAAGUGUUUCCCUCUAGGUAAGGAAAAUAGCUGAGGUGCCUCACAAACACUCACUCUGUCACACACACACACACACACACACCCUCAGGACGAGACAGAGCCUGGCGCCGAAACCGACAGCACGAACACUGAUAUCCGUCACCCAUUUCAUUUGUGGUCAGAUCUAGGAAUACCUGUCCCCCACAACCCCUCCCCUCCCUCAGUCUCUCUCGUAGCCUACUCGCUCAGACACACACACGCACGCUCGCAAAGAGAAAGAGAGGGCAGUAGGGUCGGCUUACAGUUCUCAAGUACUGUGUGACAGCGGACCCAGAGCGCGAGAAUGGAGUUUUGGCUGAAGCUCGCGCUCUGUUGCACUGCCGGUCUCGUAGGAGGUGUUGAUUUUGACAAUAGGUUACCGAAGCCACUGGAACUGACCAAUGGGCUAUGCUGGUACGGCUCCAAAGUGGACUGCUGUUGGGGCUGGAGACGAGUCAACUGGGGAGAAUGCCAACCUGUAUGUGACUCGGGCUGUAAAAAUGGUGACUGUAUCGGUCCAGACAAGUGUAAAUGUCAUCCAGGAUACACUGGCAAAACCUGCAACCAAGAUGUGAAUGAGUGUGGGAUAAAGCCCAGGCCCUGUAAGCACAGAUGUGUGAACACUCUUGGCAGCUACAAGUGCUACUGCCUCAACGGAUACAUGAUGAUGCCUGACAACACUUGCCGAAGUCGUACAUGCGCUCUGGCUAACUGUCAAUAUGGCUGUGAGAUGAAGAAAGGAGAGGUAAGGUGCCUCUGUCCAUCACCAGGGUUACGUCUUGGACCUGACCAGAGGACUUGUGUAGACGUUGAUGAGUGUGCGACUGGCCUGGCAGUGUGUCCACGGUCCAGGCGGUGUGUGAACACGUUCGGGAGCUACCAGUGCACCUGCCACCACGGGUUCCAGCUCCGCUAUGCCAACGGCAGAUACCAGUGUAUCAGUGACCGCUCCCUCUGUUUUGACACCCCAGGAUCCAGGAAGUGCAAAUGUAAAGAGAUCGCUCAUGGGAGAGGCCUCCUCUGCAGACCUUUACUCAAGGUAACCAUACAACCACCAAGACCUGAACGAAUUACUAUUGCCCCGCCGAUACCUGACUUCGCCACAACAUCCAAGAGUACAACAAGAAAAGUAAUUAAGAGACCCACAAGAAAACCAACAACCACCAGCAAACCAACAACAACAACUAGAAAACCAACAACAACGACUAGAAAACCAACGAUAACUACUACAAGGAAACCAACAACUACAACUGUGGCAACAACAACAGCAGUUCCAACUACAACUGAAGUGACCACAAUGGACACCACAGCACCUACAAGGGCUGUUACCACGGAUACUACUGCUAUAACCACAGAACCUCUAACAACUACAAGCAUGACAACUGUAGCCCCAACCACAACAGAAUGUAUAACAACUGUAGCACUGACGACCAGGCCAGCAGUAACCACGACAACUGUGGGCCCAACCCCUGUCAGAGUUUCAAAAAAGCCAACUACAGCCCCAACUACCACUGCAGUAGUAGUUACGACUACUGUCCCCAUGGAUACCACAACAUUCAACAAUAACAUUGUGGACACGCCUAAACCCAGAGGAGAUGUACAUAUCCCUCGCAAAGAUAACCAGAAUACCGUGUUUGAUCUGGAUUUUGACAUUGAACUGGGACUCACUGGAGAUUAUGCCAAGGACCAAGCAAGUCCUGGGUCUGUGAGCUGUUCAUUUGAUGAGGGUGUGUGUCCCUGGAUGACAGACAACGAGGGAGAUGUGCACUGGGAGUCUAGGGAGGAUCCCACUGGCGGGCGGUACUUGGCCGUGGGCGAGGCCAGAUCUGGGCGGACCGUGAAGGGGGCGCGGCUGACGAUGCCCUUCGGGUCGGUGACGGGGCCUCUGUGCCUGGCCUUCCGCAGCCGUCUGGUUGGCUACCAGGCGGGAACGCUGCAGGUGUUUGCCAAGAAGGGGCGUGGCCACAGCACUGCGCUCUGGACCAGGACUGGUGGGCAUGGCUGGAGACACGCCCAGAUUUCCCUGCAGGGGCGGGGCCUGAAGAGCAUUGUCAUAAAGGGCGAGAAGAGAAGAGGGAGAAGAGGAGAAGUCUCUGUGGACGACCUCAGCUUACGAAGAGGACUAUGCAACAACUGAGACACUCACACACUCACACACUCAUCACAUUGGAACUCAAACAUUUCACAGGCCGUAUGUUGUUAUAAUAUUUGUUGUUUUUGUUUUGUUAUUAUUGUCCUUGUUUUGUUGUUUAUUAUUAUCAUUAAUAUUUGGCUGCAUCAGCCAAUCAUAAUCUGACUGUGUGCAUUCCGUCCGCGUGUAUUUUAUGAUAGCAUUUAGGAUGAAACGCACUGACUGAAGCCAAACACUAACCCAGGUUUUACUCAUGUUUUUGAUACUAAGGGAGUGUAACUGUACACACCACACACACACACACACACACACACACACACACACACACACACACACACACACACACACACACAC